AUGCGAGCCUUCUCGAUUCUUGUUCUCGGCUUUCUUGCCAUUGGCUGUUUUUCGAUCAAACAUAACGAUGAGUAAGUUUAUUAUGAUAGUGAACUAAUUAUUUUCAUAAAUGUAUUACUUCAGAUUGGCAGACAGAUUUGCGGACAUCAUGGCGGACGCUGCUGCUUACCAAGCCAAGUAUCCAACUCCAACAAUAGUUGAAAAUGGUGUUUUCCAAAGGUACGGCGAAAAGAAAAUUCAAUUUGAAAAUGUGUAUGUAUUUCAGAAGUUAUAUGUCGGACAAAAUGAAAAGACAAAUCAUUCGAGAUAAGCUCAAGGCAAAUCCUCAAAUUCUUUCGGAUCUUCAGAAUUAUUUUAAGUGA